UUUGACAGUUAAAUAACUGCUAUUCAAGUUAAUCCAACUUCGUUAUUUAUGUUUUGAUCCUUUAUAAUCUGUGGUUUUGAUGGAUGCAUGGUUUUACUAAUUACAAACAAUCAAUUUUUAUUUAAAAAUCCAAAGGAAAAUAAUAUGGAAGAACAACAAAUUUCUCAAAAGGUUAAUCAAGAGGUUUUUAACCUGUUGAAAAAGAUUGAUCCCUUAUUCUUUGAAGAAAAUAGAUUGCUUACAUUUAAAUCUUGGGUUUUUAAGGAUAACAAACCAUGUAGUGCUCAAAAGUUAGCAGAAGCUGGAUUUAUUUUCUAUGGCACUAAACAAGAUCCAGACACAGUUAAAUGUUUUUUUUGCGAUAAAACUCUAGAUGGAUGGGAAGAAAUGGACUGUCCUUGGAGUGAACAUGAAAGCCAUGCUCCCUACUGUAAUUAUGCAAAGUUACGGACAUCUAAUUUAAGAGUGGAAGAUUAUAUAAAUCUGAGAAAAGAGUUGUUAAUUAAGAUUAAGAAUAAGUUUGUGGAAGAUAAAAAAAUAGAAAGUGAGGAAGCUUUAGAGGAAAUAUUGGAUGAAAUGGAGACAUAAGACUAUAAAGCAAUUUUAUUAUUUUGUUUUUAUGGAA